AUGGAAUUUGAGUAAGAUUGGACUCCUUAAGAGUUAUAGAAUUUAAAAUAGAAUUUAUCUAAAUAAAUUAAAAGUGAGCAAGAAAUAACAGAUAUCCUCUAAUUUGUUGAAAAAAACAAAAUGGAUCGAGGAUUAGUUGAGAAAGUAACACAACAUGAAUUUCAAACUGCUGAUUAAUUUAAGCAUUUAGCCUGUAUUAUUUUUGAAUCAAGUUCAAAUCCAGUAGUUCAAAAUCCUAUGCCUGCUCAACCCAAUAAAGAGUAAGCACAAACCAAUAAUUAAUAAAUAAUAAAUGACCUGUUUAAAGAAUUUGACUUUCUCAAUAAGAGAUCUAAUUAAGAAUUAUUAAACUUACUAUAAUAAGUAUAUUCAUAGCUUGAAAACUAAUAGCAAUUAAAUGUAAACUAUAUAAAUUUUACGCCUUCACCAUAUUUAUUGUAUGAAGACUUAUUAUUUAUAUGCAUAAAAGUAAAGGAACACUUUUAAUAUUAUCCAAGGCCGGCCUAAUUAUUAUCAGUAAUAGAAUUAUAUAAUCAUAAUCAUGAUAAAGGACGGUUAGCUUAAAUAUAUACUGGAGAAGGGAAAUCUCUAAUAGUAGCCAUGCUUGCAAUUUUAUUGAAUAAAAAGAAAAAUGCUAAUGUUGAUAUUGUAACUAGCUCUCCUGUUUUGGCAACUAGAGAUGCUUAAUAAUUGGAAUCAUUUUAUAAAUCCUUUUCAGUUUCAGUAUCCCAUAAUAUAAAUGAAACAUAGAAAUCUACUAUUGGAAUGCUACCCUGUUAUAAUUGCUCUGUGAUUUAUGGAGAUCCCCAUAGUUUUGAAGCAGAUAUUUUAAGACAUGAAUACUCAGAAAGAGAUACCAUGGGUAAUAGAAAAUAAGAAUAUAUUAUUGUUGAUGAAGUUGAUUCUAUGCUUAUAGAUGGAAAUAGUCAUAAGACACUAUUAAGUGCCCCUAUACCUGGAAUGCUUGAUUUAACAAAGGUUCUUAGAUUAAUCUGGGAUGAAAUUUGUAAGACAGAAUCAAAUUUAUCAACAGAAAAUAAAGUUAUGAUUGUCGAUAAAGAUAAUUAUUAUAGUGUUGACUUGAAUGAAUAUAUUGAAUCCACUUUAAACCUGUAACUAAAAGAAGCAUUAUACUAAUUUAUCCCUAAAUAUAGAUUGAAAUAUAUUGAUUUUAUGAAGAAAACAUGGAUUGAAAAUGCCAUUCAUGCAAAAUAUCAACUCCAUAAGGAUUGCCAUUAUCAAAUUGAAAAUGAUAAGCUUCGAAUAAUUGAUUAUUAGAACACAGGAGUGAUACAUGGAGAUAAUAUGCAUUGGGAAAAAGGGUUACAUCAAUUUGUAUAAUUAAAGCAUAAUCUUCCGAUGACUUCAUUGACAAUUAACACAAACUAUUUGUCGAAUAUUACCUUUUUUAAAAGAUACAAAAAUAAAAUUUUAGGAUUAACUGGUACUUUAGGUUCAUAAGUUACAUAGAAUUUAUUAGCUAAAGAGUACAAUGUUGAUUUUGUUUUCAUACCCCCUUUUAAAAAGAGACUGUUAAAAGAAGAGACAGGAUAUGCAGCUUCUAAUGAAGAAGAGUGGAAAAAUGCUAUAUUUUAGGCUGUUUAAUAAUAGAUUAACAACAAGAGAGCAGUUCUCAUUAUUAAUCGGACGAUUUAAGAUGUCAAUACAAUUUAAAUGUAUCUCAAAUAAAAAAAUUAUAAUUCUAUUGCAUACUUUGACGAUAGUUAGAAAAUAGAUCAUGAGGUUAAGCCUGGUACUCUUAUCAUUGCAACAAAUUUGGCUGGAAGAGGAACAGAUCUUAUAACAAACUAAGAAUUGGAAGAUAAUGGAGGACUCCAUGUGAUUAUGUCCUUUUUACCUAGGAAUAUAAGAAUUUAACAAUAAGGUUUUGGAAGAACAGGAAGGUAAGGAAGAAAAGGAACUGCUUAACUUAUUGUGAAUAAACAGGAAAAUUUUUAUUUGGGAAAUUUACAAACAGAUGCCUUACAAGAUAUCAUAGCUUUCGAGAGUUUGAAGGUAAAUAACAACAAUCCAACAAGUUUAGAUAUCCUUGUCAUAUUAAGAAAUGUGAAUGAAUAAUUUUAUUCAGAUGAAAUUGAAAAAGAAAUGAAAAAAUUGGAAAAUGAAGAUAGAUGCUUUGAAAAGUUCUGCAAAAUUGCUAAAGCCAUGGUCAAUUUCAAAGAAUAACGCAGCGCUUUUUAAGAAUUGGAAGAGAGGUGGGGGCUGUAUUUGGAGGAAAAUCAAGAAACUGGAUUAAAUGAAAAUGAUAUUGAAAAAAUUUUGAAUUCAAAUGAUGCCUAAAAUCCAAAGUAUUUGAUUUUGGAUGGAUUGUAAAAAAAAUGCUUAGAAAGAUUUAAGAAGGCUGUAAGUAUUUCAGAAAAUGAUCCUGCUGCAUAAUAUUAUAAAGGGUUAUAUUAAAUAUAAGGCAAUAAGUUUUAGGAUGGGAUAGAUUCAUUAAAGAAAGCAAAGUAGUUAUUUCAACAGAAAAUAGAUGAUGAAAAAGGAUUUUCAACUGCGUUAAAGUUAAAUCGAUUUUAAAUAGAUUAAUUUUCAAAUAAUCCUAAAGAAUAAUCUAAUUUGUUACCAAAAUUAGAAUUUGAUAUCAAUCCAAAGCAAUUAAAUCCAUAAUACCUUACAUAAGAAGAAGGAUUUUCAUAGUAAAUGGAGCAUGAUUCUUAAAUAAAAUAAGAGAAACAGAGGUUUAAAAAGCAAAGAUAAUAAAAAUAAAAUCAUGAAAACUCAAAUAUUGAGAAUCAUAAUAAUGAAAAUGAAAAUCACGGAAAUUAUGGUAGAGAAAAUGAAAACACAGAUAUAAACAAUUAAAAGAAUAACAAGAAAUUAGAUAGUAACGAUGAAAAGGUCAAAAACCAUAUUAUAGUCUAUAAAGGAUUUAUGAAAAAUAUUGAUAAUAUCUUAAAGACUUUUAAAUAAAUUCAAUCCAGAACCAAGAAAAUAUUAUAGUAGAUAUAGUCCCUUUUAUUAAUAAAAAAAAAAAGAAAAAUGGUGAUGAAGAUAAAUCAUUUGUAGAUAAAUAAGAAAUAAUCAAUGAUGGACCCUUGCCUAUGA